CUGAUAUUACUUUUUGAUUUAUGCUAAUCAAUCGUAUCUACAGUUGCAUUAAAAUGAUGUAAAAUAAAAUAAUAAUCAACAAAAUUGAAUUCUUAACUUUGUAUGCGACGCGUAAUGUACUAAGUAACUAGAUGUCCAAACAUUUGUCGCAUGAAUUUCUUGGUUUAUCAAAAUUAUCGUACAUAUAUGGUGUAACAGAAAUGAUUAAACGGAUCCACGCACAGUUAGCUAAAUUGUCCUGUCGUCGGUUAAUGCCGCGUAGAGAGACGAUCUUGCGUCGUCUAUUACAUUAACGUUUAGCGUAGGCGAGAAUUUUAUUCGCGGUGUUCUUGGACGAGAUAGAAAUUCGCGCCGCGAAUUCGUAAAGUAAACUUUUUAGAGACGACCACAAAUUUAUUCAUCUGUCAGUUCAACAAGCGUUCGCCGCGAUAAAUUUCGUUCUGCGAUCGGAUAACAAUUGUAUUCUCGAGCAGGUAUACGGAUUUAGGACCUAGAGCGCUGAGAGACGACAAACACGACCGCGACCACGAAAUGCAGAUUAUCUGGCGAAUUGACAGUGAUUAAUAGCCCUUGCACACCUAUGGAGAUUAAUUUUGUGGAAGUUUUAUUGGUGGACACAAACGCCGCGUUCUUGUGUGAGGCAAUCUACAACUGAUGAAAAACUUGUAACGGUCGGAUACAUCCUGAGUAUUGGAGUCAUCGAGUUCAACAGUUAAAGAACCAUGGAGACACCUAAGCGUUUCAUGUUCUGAUAUCGUUUUGUCCAUUCGCUGACCACAGUUCAGUCGGGUGCCUGCUCCUUCGACGAUUUAUCCGCGGUUUUUGAAACAAAUUCUGUAAAUAAAUUUGCGAGAUCGAAUGCAGUUGUAGAUAAUACAGAACAUUCGGUCGUUAUAUAGUGAUAUCGUGCGAUCGUGAAAUAUAACAGUUCUUCAUAUAUUGUUGUGAUAUAUCGUCAGAGAAUAGAAACGUUCACCACUGACUUUGCAAGCAGGGUCAUGGCUGUGAAAGAGUGGUUCAGAAGGCUGCAACCGGUGCAGCUAUACCUGGUGCUGUUUUUUACCACAGCUUUUUUCUUAAUCGAGAUCAUCGCUAGUCACGUGACGCAUUCGCUGACAUUGCUCCUCAAUGCAUAUCACAUGCUGUGCAACAUUGUGGCACUUGUCGGCUGUAUCGCUUCGAUAAAGUAUAGCUAUCGAGAAAGGUAUAGCAACAAUAGUAAUUGCAGUUCAGUGGGAAAUUCGUCCAUUUGCAUUAACGGGGAGGAACAGGGUUCUGUCACAUCUUUAUCAACCAAAACAAAGGAAUCAUGGUCGGACAGAAGAAUGAAAAACACGUUUGGAUGGGCCAGAAUCGACAUCGUCACGAUGCUUGUCUGCUGCGUUUUUUUAGCAUCUUUUUGUUUCUCUUUACUAAUGGAGGCAUUGCAGACAUUGGUGCACAUCGAUCACUUGGAUGAAAUGCAUCAUCCAUUACCCGUGUUGUGCAUAGGCGCUUCCGGAAUACUUUUGAAUGUUUUAUGUUACAUUUUAAUUGGGGGAUUCACGUUCAAUCAAGGAAUUUUCGUGCAUGUCACUGAAAAAGGAGAUAUAAUACUUUGCAGGAAUGUGAAUUCGCAAGAAACAAAGGAAGGCGAGCAACAGUUGUCGGCACAGACUAGACGAAGUCCACUAGCAAUACCAAAAAACCAAGGCUUUAGAGAAAUAUGUCGGGAUGUUCUUGGAUGCGUUUUCGUCAUAUUAGUAUCAAUUUUAGUUUAUUUCAACGAUUCCGAUGUGGCUAAAUACAUCGAUCCGGUCUUUGCUAUUAUUUCCUCAAUUUCACUGUUUGUCCUUUGCUAUCCAUAUAUGAAAGAAUCAGGUUUAAUUCUACUUCAAACAAUUCCGAAUCAUAUAAACAUCGAUUCUCUCAAAAGAGAAUUGUUAGAAGCUUUUCCGGGUAUCGUGAAUGUCCAUGAUUUACACGUAUGGCAAUUAGCAGGAGAAAAAAUCAUUUCUACAGCACAUAUCAUAUUUUUAGAUCCAACGGUUUAUGCUAGUAUUACGGAUCAAGUCACCACCUUUUUUGUCGAAAUGGGCAUUACGCAAGUUACUAUACAGCCAGAAUUUUAUAAAAUGAAACCGAAUAUGGAAAAAACUGAUUGCCUAAUUCGUUGUCAUGGAGAACACUGCAGUUCCUCCCAAUGUUGCUCGCGAGAGAACUUCUUGGAUGAUGCGUGCAAAUCGGAGAAGGAUAAUGUGGUCAGUAGAAAGUACGACAAAAAAGAGAUAAUACCAACCACAUGUGCAAUUAGUUUAGAGAAAUUUACUAAUUACACGGAAGAAGCUGUAGUAAGGACUGUUAGGAGCGAUUCAAGAGCAGACAAAUCUGAACACGAUCUGAUGAACGAAAACACAUCUCGCUUGAACAGCGAGCAGACAUCGUAAUAUUGAUAUGUAACUCCUGUGCGAUGAUUAUAAACGAUUGGAUAUCUACAAGUACCGGACAUCUGCAACUAUUGAUAACAAGCAUGUGGACUGCAGCAUCGUAUCUUAACUCUAGAAUAUAAUAUAUCUGUAUCUUCUUUAUGACGAGAACGACAUAGCACGUUCUAGCUAACUUUGUUUCUUAUAAUUUUCAUAGAAAUGACACAUAUCAGAACAUAUAUUUUUUUAUCUCUGACACUAAAAAUUAUAUAAUC